UGCGCAUUGAGUGCAAUGACACGUUUUCCCCUUUUCAUUAUCGUUUCAGGGUCGCGUUUUAACGUGAAGACCAAGGUGAUCGCCGCCGACUUCAGCAAGGGCCAGCCCGUCUUCGACCACAUCGAGGCCGUGCUCAAGGAGAUACCGGUCGGCAUCCUGGUGAACAACGUCGGGCGGCAGUACACGUACCCGAUGUACCUGGGGGAGGUGCCGCAGCAGGAGCUGUGGGACAUCGUCAACAUCAACGUGGGCGCCACGACCAUGAUGACGAGGAUGGUCCUGGACCAGAUGAAGGAGCGGAGGAAGGGGGCCAUCGUGAACGUGUCCUCGGCCUCGGAGCUGCAGCCCCUGCCCCUCAUGACCGUCUACGCUGCGUCCAAGGUGUUCGUGAAGAGCUUCUCGGAAGCCCUCCGCGUGGAGUACUCGCAGUACGGCAUCACGGUGCAGCACCUGCUGCCCCUCUUCGUCAACACCAAGAUGAACGCGUUCAGCCACCGCCUGCAAGAGACGAGCCUGUUCGUCCCGGACGCCGAGCGCUACGCCAGGAACGCCGUCAACACCCUGGGCCAGGUCGAGUCCACCACGGGGUACUGGGCGCACGGCCUGCAGUACUUCUUCACCGUCAUCCCGCCCGUGUGGGUGCGGACCUACAUCGGCGCCCUCAUGAACCAGACGUUCCGCAAGGACUACCUCACGGCGAGCAUCGUGUCCAACAACAACCUCAAGAUCAAGGAGAUCCCGCCCACGGUGGUACCGCCCCCGCCGGCACCCGCUCCGGUGUCCGCUUAGGAGCAACGCCGUUGAACCGCAACACAGAGUUGUCAAUGAGCCGAGGCGGGACCCCGCCGGACCCGCCUCUUAUUGUAGAAGACCUCUGUGCUGUGCUGCCGAAGAUAAUAAAAACAGGUCCAGCGGGGUGCGCUCGCGCUGAUGGGAAAACCUCGACCAUAAAGCGGUUUGCUGUUCCAAUCUCUCCGUCAAGGUCGAGGACAAUCUGGGUUGUUGCGGUCCAUUCAAGGCCAUGACGUGCGUAGGUAUAGGGCGCACGGUCGGCGUCCUCUGGCGAUCCACUUGUCCUGUAUUCGCCGUGAACUCAUGUACAGUACAGUACUCAUGUGUAGCGCGUGUACAGUAUCUUUGAAUGCGCUCCAGUGUUGCAGGAUUGCGUACUCCCUUCGUCUAUAAGGCGCCAUAUGGGCCCCCUACAGCCCUAGCGAGUAUGCUACACUAUGGAAUGCAUUUAUAGAUAACCUCAGUACAGGGAAAUAUAAACCGAUUCACCCCUCGAGGGAAUGCUGUUUUCGAAUGUUCCAACAUCUGCAUUUCCUGACAAUAAAGUGAUGUCAUAUAAUUCCCGAUUUGCCGCCGAACGUUAUGUUUGUAUUAUAGUUUUUAUAUUAGUUGUUUAAGGAUCUGUAUUUUGUACUUUUUGUUGAUUAUUGAUUGUAAUUUAUGAGUUUGUGUCAUAAUGUUAUUACAGGCAGAAUGUUGUUCUUUGUUUCAUCGGCAACUUGGAGAAGUAUGGUUUGUUAGUCUGACAAAUUAACACGUUUCGCUUGACUGGUACCGUCUCCUGGUUGUGACAGUAGAAACUUAAUUCUGGUGCCAAAGCAUUUAUCUGCCUGGAUUAUGUGAUUUUCGCGUCCGUGCGCGACGAAGUACCUCCGGAGUAUAAAUGUAAGAUUAUGUCGCUCUAGACUUAGUCCUUAGGAUCACUUGUUGGUACCCGAGCAAACUGUGCAAUUGUAAUAAAAAUGAUACUUCGUUA